AAAAUUUAUCGUUUAGAGUCGCGUCGAGUUAAGAAAAAUUUUUUUUUGUCUCUUUAAUCCCUAUACUUCUUAGUGUGUUAAACAAGGAUGGAUUUUAAUGUCAUAAAUAACACUUCUUCCAUCAGACUUUAACCUCUUCUCUGCGAGAUGUGAUCGUGUAUAAGAAAAACUUUAAGAAAAGUUAACCCAAAUAAUUAAGAAAAUGUCUAGUCGUAAUCCUACGACGUUAAUGAGCAUCCCAAAUGAGGAAAGUUUUGAUUUUCUCUUUAAAAUAGUUUUAAUUGGGGAUUGUGGAACAGGAAAAACUUGUGUAGUGCAAAGAUUUAAAAACGGUACUUUCAUUGAACGCCAUGGAAAUACAAUAGGAGUGGACUUUUCCAUGAAAACUGUCGUCGUCGAUGGAAAAAAAGUUAAAUUACAGAUUUGGGAUACAGCAGGUCAAGAACGUUUUCGAACGAUAACACAAAGUUAUUACAGAUCAGCAAAUGGGGUAAUCAUUGUUUAUGAUAUUACUAAAAGAUCUUCGUUUUUAUCGGUGGGAAAAUGGGUUGAGGAGGUUAGAAGGUAUUCGGGGAGCUCUGUUUUAGUGGCUUUAGUUGGAAAUAAAGCCGAUUUAGAAACCUUAAGGGAGGUGGAAUUUGAAGAAGCUGAAGCUAUGUGUCAGUAUAUGCCUGAAGUACUUUUUGUCUUGGAAGCUAGUGCUAAAGAAAAUUCAAACAUCGAGGAGGCAUUUUUGUGCCUUGCCACAGAAUUAAAAAGACGACAUGAUAGUGGUUAUUUAGGAAAUGAUGAUGAAGAAACGGUGAAAUUAGGUGAUAGUAGCACGGUAUCAAAGUGUAGCGCCUGUAAUAGGGGUAAUCUAUUUUGAUGUUUGUACAGUUAUAAGUGUGCCUUAGGGUUUUGAUUGGUUUUUACUUCAAAAAAAUUAUUAAAGCAAUUCAAAAAUG